CACGUCGUCAGCCUUCGCAUGUACCGCUCAUGGCGCUUCAUGCUCCACUCGGGCGGCUUCCAUCCGCAUGGUCGCCUCUCACCGCUGUCAGGACCCGGCGCGCUGAGCCGGGGCAGUGUUUGGGUGGGACCCGGUGGCUGACUGCAGCUUCCUUGGGCCAAGGGCCGGUCCUGCGUCUUCGCUUGCUUCGCCUGCGCCGCCGCGGUCCUACGGCACGGACCGCCUCUUCGUUUGAGUCGGUGGCGCAAACGCCGAAGUUGGUCACUCCAGUUCGCAGUGCAGCCAGCGGCGAUCGCAUGAGAGUCUACCCCAGCAUGGCCAUGGGCGAAGAUGCGUCUGGUGGUGCCCAAUCAUCUUGCAUCUUUGUGCAUACAGGUGUAGCAUUGGGGCAUGAAUGGCUUGGUGUGGGUGGCUCCUUCACUGAGGCCUCGGCGGUCACCUGGAGGAAGCUCACCGAGCGCCGACGGCAGGAGAUCAUCACGGCUUAUUUUCAUCCAAGCAGUGGGCUGGGCUUCAACCUGGGACGUGUGCCGAUUGGAUCUUGUGACUCUUCCCUGGAGAACUGGACCUGUGGAGACAUCUCUGAAGGAGAUAUGGACUUGAAGGGCUUCAGCCUAGAACGCUACGAGGAAGCGAUCCUCCCGAUGCUGCAAGCAGCCCAAAAGCAUGUGAACCUCAAAGUGCUCGCAAGCCCCUGGAGCCCCCCUUCCUGGAUGAAGACCGUGAAGAGCUUCAACGGCGAAGGUCACUUGCGGUCUGACUGCCGGGAUGCUUGGGCGAAGCACUUUGUGCGCUUCGUGAAGGAGAUGUCCUUGGCUGGAGUUCCCAUUUGGGGUGUCUCAGUGCAGAACGAGCCAGAGGCGGCUCAGUGUUGGGAGUCAUGUAUCUACACAGCGGAGGAGGAGCGAACCUUCGUCCGGGAUCACUUAGGCCCACAGCUGCAGAAAGCCUCUCCGGAGGUGAAGAUCCUCGUUUGGGACCACAACCGGGAUGGCAUGUUGGAGCGGGGCGCUGUGAUGUACGACGACCCUGCAGCAGCAGAGUUUGUUUGGGGAGUGGCCUAUCACUGGUAUGGUGAUGCUCGCUAUGAGACAUGGCCUCCACGCACCGAGGUGACCUUUGAGGAUCGCCAAGAGGGAGGUGAAGUGAAGGAGUUGAGGGCUUGCUCUGGCUUCGAGAAUGUGAGGCGCUUGGCGGACCUACGGCAGGACAAGCACAUCUUGUUCACGGAAGGGUGUCAGGAGCUUGGGGGCCGGGACCUCGCCUCUGUCUUGGCAGAUUGGAAGCUGGGGGAGCGAUACUCCAUGAACCUCAUCGCCGACCUCAAUUCCGGAUGUGAGGGCUGGAUUGAUUGGAACCUGUGCUUGGACGAGGAGGGUGGCCCCAAUCACGUGGGGAACACCUGUGUGGCGCCGAUCAUUUGUGACACCCAGCGAGAUGAAGUCCUUUAUCAGCCCAGCUUUUGGCACUUGGGGCACUUCUCCAAGUACAUCAGGCCAGGUGCGCGGCGGCUGCUUUGCAGUAGCACCCGAGAUGCCCUCGAGGUGACCUCCUUUCUGAAUCCGGAUGGGCAAGUGGUUGUGGUGGAAGUCAUGGAAGUCCGUGGAUCGUUCAUCACCCGGCACAGCGAGGUGUCGGAGUGGUUCGGUUCAUCUUCACCUUUUCCAGGAUCCAAUCCGGCUUGGAAGUGGGAUUUCACCCAGACCAUCCAUGUCUGGAAUACUUUCAUUUAUGACCCCAAUGGAUGUAACUCUUCCAUACAUGGAUGGUCUGGGUAAGGUCCCCAACUGAGGUCUUGAACCAAAGCGAGGAGGAUCUGGGCUUUUGGUUGAAGGUCGGCGAUGUCUGGUCGGCGAGCUUCAUUUGGGUAUUUUUUCUUCACAUUGCUUGCACUUGGUUGUCACCUCGACAAAUUGGGAUGAGAUGUGCUUUUUCAUGUUGUGGACUCAUGCACAAGAACCCGUGCAUUCUUGAGCGCCAAAUGCCCGUGCAGCUGGCUGAGUAAACUUUGCAUCUGGCUGAGUAGAGCGUUCCAAUUUCUCUUCCAACUCCAAAAAUCAAAGUGAACUGGGCCAGCAGCUCCAGCUCCUCCUCUUCAAGAGUGUCCAGCUCCAUCAGCGCGGUCUCUUUUUUUUGAGCAGAAAGUCCUUCUGAGUGGGAAACAAGUUCAGACGUUGUUGGUCUAUCUGGAUACCUUGAGGUUUGUCCUUUGGAACAUGUUGAGUCAGUUUGAGCGUGUUCUUUUCGUUGGCUGUAUUUUUGCUGUGUUAGAACAAGCUUGUUUUGGAACAGUAGAUGUAGCUAACCAUGAUUCUCAACUUCCUUGACCUGGAAUGAAGUUCCGUGAGGGCAGUGAGCGGACAAACUCCCGCAUGGUAGGACACUCCGACCAACAUCAGAAUCAAUCGCCCUAGCAUGCAGACCCUUCGUUUUGCUCUAUAGGUACGAAGAAAUGCAAGAAAUACAAACCGUUUUCCUUUGCAAGCAAGUUGCGUGUCCUUUGCGUCCUUUCCAAGCAAGUUGAUGUCCUGAGACUUCUCAAAUCGAUGCUGUGGGGGACCAGCCUCAAAACCAAUGGGACGUCCGCCGAAAACACAAAUCACGAACGGGCACCGUUUGCUUCCAAUCCUCGGAACUGCUGCGAACGAGCUGUUCCUGCUACGAACGGACUCUUUUAGAAUCAUUUGAUUCACGUCACUUUGGUUCAUGCGUGACUUUGGCACGCACAUUGUUCCCUUUUUUACGAGCGUCGUGCAGGCACCACUAGACUCUAGACCAUUUGAGUUCUAGGUUCGGCAGGUGUGCUAGACUGCUAGAAGGGCUUUGAGCAAGACACGGGCAUACACACAUACUGUGAACACUCCUUGUGGGAGAACACAACUGGGGUCCAAGCAAGAGCCGAGUAGACAAGCAGGCAGGUACACAUGACUGAUCAGGC